AUGAAGAUUGAACAGCCACCAAUAAUACCAGAUGGAGAACGUGCCUUACACAAUAGGAAGACAAUUGCAGAGCUAAAACAAAUGGAAGAGAACUCAGAAGCAAAGGAAAUAUUCUACACAUGUUUAUGCAAAGUUGAAAGAAUAGAAAACAAGUAUGGCUGGUAUUAUAUUGGUUGUAUAACAUGCAAGACAAAGGUUAAGUUUAAAGAAGGAAAUUUUUGGUGUGAACGUUGUCAAGCAGAACCGAAAUUCAGCGUACCAAGAAAUGAAAGCAAGUAUAGAAUACAAAUUGAAGUAUCAGAUACAACAGAUUCAACAAGAUUCAUUAUCUUCAACAAAGCCGCUGAACAACUUAUAGGCAAAACUGCAAAGGAACUUGCAGAUUUACAAGAUGAGAAUUUGGAAGACAAAAUCGUGCCAAGAGAAAUCACAGCAAUCAUUUCCAGAGAGUAUGUCUUCCAAUUGAAACUUAAUGAAUAUAAUUUGAAAAAAGGCUGGGAAAAUUAUACUGUUUAUAGAAUCUUUGAAGCGCAAGUUGCAGAAGAAGCUAAUAACCAAAAGGGAACUACAAGUGUAAAGCUUAGGGGGUCUAGCUCCAAGCAAGAAAAGGAGUACGACGAUGUUAGCCCGACAAUAGAAAAUGAACAAAUGUCCGGUCAAGAUUCUUCAAUGCAUUCUUCCCUACUUACAAAAGACAUAGAAUCCGAUGAUGAUAAAAUACCUCUCAAUGUCCUUUACAAACGAUUCAAAACUACUAAAAAGAAAUUUUGA